AUGUCUGAGGAGCUUCAAAAACUUCAGAACGAGAAACACACUCUCUCCACUCAGCUCAAUGUGCUCUUUUAUGAUCCAUUAAGAAAGGAACACAACACGCUCGGGGACGCAGUGGCGCGCCCAUUGAUCCAGAACUACAAUAAAACUGUCUCAAAAAUUCUCGACCUCUUAAAAAUACUUGACCGUAAGCGGGAUCCACUAGCAAUGCUACCUGGCGAUAUCUGGGUCGAAAUCCUUCACCUGGUGAUGGCUGAAUCAGAUGCCGGGCUCCCAGCCUUUGACCGUCUUACCCUACUACGUCGGGUUUCUCCUCAUUGGGCACGUCUCAUUGCCGAACAGCCUAGUCUCUGGACCAACAUCGACCUGAGGCUGGCCGAUUACCCUUCUUCAAGGGAGAAAAUGAGACUAUUUAUUCAUCUUCAGCGCUCUGGGGACCUAAAUCUCUCCCUAAAUGCCAACUUUGCUGCUUCCGAGUGGCGAACAGUCGUAGAGCCCCUCAUACUUCCUCAUGCUGACCGCGUCAGAUUCAUUUUACAUCUUCGACCGACUGAAGAUACUUUGGACUCUGUAAUACGUACUUUAUCUCCGUUCAAACAACUAGAACACGUUCGUCUACCACGGGAAACCGACACCUUUAUCCCCCGCUUUACCGUAAACCUUAUGGGAUUCCUGGCGAGAAACCCACAGCUAAAGCGAUUUGAUGGCGUCGCAAUAGAUGCUAGCCGCCUCGAGCUCAAUACAUCUCAACCCGAGGCGGGAACCCGAUCAAAUCCGCUAGUUGUCACAGAAGGCUUGCCAUGGACCGAGCUCAAGUAUUGGCAACGUGAUCACGGCACACUUUUUGACAUGCUUUCUCAAGCGCCCCAUCUCAUUCGACUUACCGCAUCCAUUUCCCUGGCUCUCAUUCAUCCGCUCCUGUGUGCCCUUCGAUUUGCACCGCUCCUCAAUACUUUACAUCUUCUCAUCCAAGGUGAUGGCUCAACACCGGUCGAAGUUGGUCUCUCCAUUCCUGCAAGUGAUCAAUGCCUUGUCUCGGUACUCAAUCUCAACCUCGACAUCGACGCCACCGUCGUAUUAGCGCCAGCCACCACUGUGAAAGUGGGCCGCAGGAACCGUCCAAAGCAGACAUACAUAGAUUCGCUUCUGCUUUACUUUCCCAGGGUCCAAAAGGCACAAAUUAGCCGAUCCGUUCCCUCCGAGCCCUACCCUUUUUUUCUCGACAGUCUUUCCCACCUCCGAGAUUUGACUUGUACAUCCGGAAUCAUACCUUACCGAAAAGACAUGGCCGCAUCGUUGGUCAUCCAUAGCCUCAGAAUUGGAUGCGAUGCAAAUGUGUUCAAGACAGUCGAUAUACCAACACUAGAGUCUCUAGAGUUUUUCCUUACAUACGACGCUUUGCCAAACUCGAGUGAUGCGAGCCAUCUUGACUUUGCCGCAGGUCGCUGGCUGCACUUGACAAGGCUCAGUAUCCAUCUCUCGAGGAACCCAGGCGAGACAGAAGUCUCUUUCGAUCUACCUGCGCUGAAUACGUUUGAAAUCUAUACAGUGAGAGGUGGAACGUCUGGCUUCCUCUGUCAAAGUAUCGCGCAGCGGCCAGAAGCACUCCCCUCCUUGGAGAGGUUGACCAUCAAGGAUCACCUGCUUGACUGGGACGUCAUCUUCAUUCUGCUCGAACGCAGAAUACUUACAUCCACCGUCAUCCCGAUUCGGUCUCUCACACUCACACUCACGCCCUCAGAUCUCAUUCGGAAUACUCUGAUUGACCGACUUCAAGGAUUGAUAACAUACAGGCCACCUUCUUUGAAGCUUUCAGUUGAUCAUAUUGCGAAGGUGUUACUUCAGAAUAACAAGCGAGUACUCAAAGAAUCGUAUCGAAUUAUUUCACUAACAUUCCUGUAG